GCUCGCGCGGGGGAUGUCGAGGCCGGAGGCCGAUCCGCGCGCGACAGGUGAAAGUGGCACUUGCCGCCGGCGAAACACCCUCGCGCGCUGCCCCGUUCCGGAGGAGACUCGGCGCGAGUUCGCCACCGCCGUCGUCCGCUGACCCCGAGACUCGCGGUCUGGUAUCGCGGAAUCCGCCGACGGGCAUUCCACCCCCGCCGCGAGGAGAAGCGAGAUAUAUUUUUCGCGGCGGGAGAGAGAACGUAGAAUUGGUACGCGAGCCGGACGACUGCUCUCUUGCCCGGGGUGAUCGAUAGAUCCCCGCGCCCGUGUCCGAAAUCGCGCGGUCGGAUCGAUCUGGUGCGACCGGAGAGAUGCCCGUUCGCCGCCCGAGCGCGUUUUACCUUCUUCGCGACCCGCUGCUAUAAUUACCAGCGAGCGGUGCAGCGUGAAUUCUGCGGAGGACGAAAGGAUGCGCGGCGACGAGGGCGGGCGGUGAAUCCCCCGGUAUAGCAAAGUGUUUUUCGCGCGGCGCGCGUCCACUGCGUUAGCCCGUUAACGCUCGCGAUCGAGCGGAGUCAUCCCGCGCGGGCCCGCCCCAUCGAGCUCUCCGCCCCGCGUUCUCGAAAACAUCAUUACGUCAUUAUCGCCGAGCGAUGACGGAGAGCGGAGGAACGUGGGAUGGACGGGGGUCGUUGGCGUGCGCGCGUGUGAGACCUAGUGGUGUAUGAAAUGAACGCCAAUAGACUGUGCGAGGAUGUACGAUUACCCGAUCGAGUAACCCCGUUAGAGACGACGACGGCGCCGGAGCUUGCGUGCAUAAAUAACGCGCGUGAUCGCGCGCGCGGAGAGCCCUUAAGGAGCCGCGCGACUUACUUGUAAUCCCGCAGUUUUACGCCGAGAUUCCAGCCGGCGCGCGGAGGAGGUGCCGUGUCGCCGCGUGCCCCGUCGACGGCGCUCAAGCACCCCCCGCGCUCCGACGCGCGGGGCCCGUUAAAACUGUACGCCGGACGUUUUACCGAGGGGGGCCGGCGAAGAAAGAUCGGGGGACUCGCCCCGGGGAGUCUCAGAUCGAUGCGACGGAUGUGUCGCCGUCUUAUGACAAGAUGCGCCCGUUAGAGCCGAGAUCCCGGAUGACCUGACGGAUCACCGGGGAGAUCGCUCGUCUCAUUCAAAGUUAUCAGCCGGCUUCCACUUGAGCACGGGAUUUGAGGAAGAGGAGGAGGAGGAGGACGGUGUCGUCCGCGCGAGGGGGCGGAAGCUCCAGGGACUCAUUCCGCUUACAAUGGAGAGGAUGCUCCUGCUGAUGAGCCUGCUGGCCCGGUUCGUCGCGGCGGAAGCUCUGCUCGGCGACAUCGACGAGCCGCUGCCUAUAUCAGACGUUAGCGCUGUGGCCGGUUUCAAAGCUCGGAUACCCUGCGACAUCGAUCCGCCGAUUAAAGACGAGACGGUCAUCAUGGUAUUUUGGUACAAAGAUGAAAAGGACAGCGAGCCGAUAUACCGCAUGGAUGUACGGGGGAGGAAGGUAGCGCAGGCGAGGCUUUGGUCGGAUCCGUAUGUGUUCGGUGAAAGGGCGGUUAUGAGGACGGACGGAAAGCCCGCCAAGCUGGAGAUAGAUCCUUUGGAGUCCACGGACGGUGGCGUAUACAGAUGCAGAGUGGAUUUUAAAAAUAGCCCCACGAAGAAUCAGAAGAUUAAUCUUACGGUCAUAGUGCCGCCGAAAAAGCCGGUGAUAUAUAUCAACACUAAAAGGACUUUGGCUCAAAUACUGCAAACGUUUGCCGAGGGAAGCGAGCUGUUCCUGUUGUGCGAGGUGAUCGGAGGUUUACCUCCACCUAGGGUCACGUGGUAUUUCAAUAACAAAGUCCUGGACGAUACGUAUACGCAGAAGCACGACGUAACGAUAAAUCGGCUGGAUAUCCCGAGAAUCACCAGGGACUUCCUGAGGGCGAGGCUAAUUUGCGAGGCGAACAAUACUCAGCUUAUGACGCCCCUGACCUCCGAGGUCAUUAUAGAUAUGAACCUGAAGCCGCUCGUGGUCAACAUCACGAAUAAGCGAUUUCAUUUAUCGGCAUUAAGAACUUACGAGAUCGAGUGUGAAACGUCGGGUUCGAAGCCGGCAGCGGUGUUCACCUGGUACAAAGGGGCCCAUCAGGUCCAUCACAUGGCUAGAACUUUCGCAGACAAUCCGAACAUCACGAGAAGUGUGCUGAGCUACGUGCCGACCAUCGAGGACGAUGGGAAAUUUCUAACGUGCAGGGUGGAAAAUUCCCUGGUGCCCAACAGUGGCUUGGAGGACAAGUGGCAUUUAUUGGUGUACUACGCGCCGGUGGUGAGCAUCAAGCUGGGCUCCAGUUUGAGGGCGAACGAUAUAAACGAGGGCGACGACGUCUACUUUGAGUGCGACGUACAAGCCAAUCCAAAGUCUUACAAGCUACUUUGGUUCAAAGACGGCAAAGAAUUGCAUCAGAACGCCACCGCGGGGAUUAUUCUUCCCGGUGGGCAAUCCCUGGUAUUGCAGAGCGUGACGAAAAGCUCCGCCGGGGAAUAUUCUUGCAUGGCGGCUAACGUCGAAGGGAAAUCCGUGAGUCGACCGGUAACCCUCGAAGUAAUGUACGCACCGAUUUGCAAGGACGGCUCUUCCACCCAAGUGGUCGGCGCCUUGAAGCACGAAACGAUCUCGCUGGUCUGCGGUGUACAGUCGAAACCGCCGCCCACGACCUUCCACUGGACGUUCAACAACUCCGGGGAGCUGAUGAGCGUGCCGGCCGCCAAGUACGCGCAGGUCAAACCGCUCAGCCUGAUCACGAGCCACUGGCACGGCUCCAGACUGAAUUACACGCCGGAGAACGACAUGGAUUACGGCACGGUCGCCUGCUGGGCGAGGAAUCGGAUAGGGAUGCAGAGGACGCCCUGUCUCUUUCAGAUCAUCGUCGCCGGGAAGCCCUACCCCUUGCAGAACUGUACGGCCCUCCAGUCGACCGGACCCUACGCGUACCGAAUGGGUCACGAAGACUUUAAAGCCACCGACUCGAGGGACUCGGACUCGCUGAUCGUCAGAUGCUCCGAGGGAUUCGAUGGUGGUUUGCCCUUGACUAAUUACGAGCUAGAGGUCUACAGCGAGGAGAACGUUUAUCAUGUCAAUACCAUCUACCUGAACCACACCGACCGAUCCGGCUCAUCCGGCCCAGUUUUCGAAGUCUCCGGCUUAGAGCCGGGACGGAAUUACAGGCUUCAUCUUUACGCCGUCAACGCGAAGGGCCGGAGCGAUCCCGUUGUUCUGGAGCCGGUCACGCUCAAAGGAGUAGCGAUGUACACGACCGGUCGCGGGAUCUCGGACGAGACGACCGAUUAUAGCCUCCUGGUGGCGUUCUUCGCCGGCGGUGUAACAGCCAUUUGCAUUCUGAUCGUCGGGAUAACGCUGACCCUGUACCGUCGAAACCAUCCGAUGCAGACGACGAAGACGCAGGCGGCGGAGCCGGUGCAGUACGAGGGCAAGGAGGACCGGGCGGCGGCGCCGCCGGCGACGGACGAGGCUCACCGGGACAACUUGAAGGAGCAGAUAAACGCGGACGUGCCGGACGACGACCCGGACGUGAUACCGAGCAAGACCGUCGAGAGACGGCCGGACAUCUUCGAGCCGAGCUACGCGUCCAGCAAGCCGUCCGAGAGAGCCAAGGACUUCAGGUGCCUCGAGGACCUCGAUUAUCCGUCGCCCUCGUCGGUGCUCCACGCCAAGGACUCCUGGAUCUAUCCGAACGGCUACGCGGAGAAGACCGACAAGAGCCUGAGCCCGUUACGGCCCAGCACGCUGCCGGUGCAUCGCACUCACGAUAUCUACACGAGGAGUCUGCGUGUACAGGAGAGUUGUAUAUAGACGGGGGUAGCGUCUUUGCGCCCGAUUAUCCGGGUCAGUACCCUCCGAUGCUCGCCAAACCGUCGUACGCGAUUAAACGACGCUUGUAAAUAGACAAUAAAUACCGUUAAGGACCCUCACCCUCCCGACCGGCACGUCGAUUCGACAUUCCUAUUCUUGUUUUUCACCUAGCCGUAAGAGAGAUAGCGUCUCGUUAGCUUCGUUCUAAGGGAAACGUGAUACUUGGAACGCCAGGGCGCGAUCAUGCGCGUGUACAGAGACAAUAAUUUUCCGCCGUUGAAAGAAGAAUAAGAAAAGACUUCCCGUCACCUCUGUCUCUCGUCGGAAGCCUUCCCGUAAAACUACUCGCGAAUGUCUGCAGGAGCGUAAAUGUUUUGUCUACACGGAUGUUUUAUCGUGCUUCGUGGUUAAUUAAAUGGUCAAAUAUAAACGUUUGUAUAUAUAGAUAAUAAAUCUUGUUGUUUAAUAUGCACAUUCUCCGCUGUUGUUUUCAUUUACGCGCUCCCACGCCCCGAACAUCCCGGUCGUCAUU